GCUUCCUGUGCAGCCAUAGAGGGGAGCGGAGGUCAGACGGAUGGAGCCUCAGGGACCGGUGCAGAGCAGCGCAGUUCGGGCGGAUUUCGGGGCGUACUCUCCGCCCGGCUCCACUCGGAAGCGGCACAUCCGUUUCGCGGCGCACCAUGACAUCCUCCUGCUGCGGGAGGUCAUCCACCACAACCCGUUCUGGGUGCGGGAGUUCGGCCAGGUGUGGGCGGCGGUGGCCGAGAGGAUGACCAGCGCCCUGCAGAGCGAGGGCUUCGAGGUGGACGGCAGGAGGUGCCGGGAGAGGACGGCGCUGCUGCUGGACUACUACAAGCGGCAGAACUACGCCAUGCUGCGCAGGGGUGGCACAGAGGCCAUGUACAUGGAGAAGGAGGAUUUGCUGCAGAAAAUUCUGGAGCUGGAGUCUGAGAAACGGGAAGUCGGCUCUGAUCCACGGCAUAGGGACCCCAGGGAUACCAUGUCCAUCACCGUCACCGAGGAGACCCUGCGCAGAGCACAGGAGGAGGCUUCUGUCCCACUUGUUGCAGAGUCCAAACAAGAAGAUAACAUGGGCGAGAGACCGGCCCGGAAGCAGGAAUGUGAGGGCUGCUGCAGCGCCUAUGCCCGCAUCCUGCAGCACCUGGAGAGGAGGGCAGAAGCAGAGCAACGGCUGCGAGAAGAGGAGCUGACACUGCGGCGCGAGGAGCUGCAGCUGCAGAGAGAGCGCGCCGCCCUGGAGAGAGAGCGGCAGGAGGCUGAGCGCAAGGAGAGGGAGCGACGGUUCGAGCUAGAAAGAGAGGAGAGGCAAGUCAUACUGGAGAUAUUGAGAGAGAAGAUGAUCAAGUGACAGCGGGUGCGGGGCAGUCACACCUAGUACAGAAAUACACAAAGAAAGUGAAUGGAAGAUCCACAGAGACAGACAGGACAGAUCUUUGUAAGGUCACACAUAGGGAAGGCAAAUCACUACUGAAAAGGGAAGACGUGGGAGGGGGGGAGCGGAGGAGGGGACAUCCCGAAUAGUGACAGGACGGGAGCAUCCACACAAGAGGAAAGGAGUGCUGCGAGGUGCAGUCCUGGGGCCCAGAGGUAAGAGAGGCAUUGAUCGCUAUCAGUGGUCGGGCUGGGAUAUAACUCUUUCACUGCUGCAGCGGUGCACUCAUCACAGUCCGCAGCACCCCAUUUAGUGAUUUGCGUAGGGACAUUGUACCCGCCCUGGCACCGGGUUUGAGGCGAUUGUUCUGGAAUAGUCCAGAAAGUGUAAAUAGUGUACAUACGGUAUAGUAUGUGUAGCGCCAUUUUAAUAAAGCCAUGACUUUGAUGAUUAA